AUGGCCCCUGGCUCUCCCCAACCUCUCAAGCAAAAAGAUCCACUCGAACUCAAUAUGUCCAUGAACUCUGUUGGUGAGGAAGAUGGCAUGCCGAUUGAUGCCAUAAGAGAAGAAGAAGCUGACUCGGCAAUCGCUUCGUUCAUGGAAAACAAUUCCGGGAUUUCAAUGGAUCCUGCUGCUCGGGGGAUUGUCUACCCUGUCGUUAUUCCUCAACGACGACCCGGAAACAAGCAGCGAGGGUUUAUGAAGGCUUAUGCUCCGAUAUUAUCCCAGUGUGGCAUCAACCAAGAACACUUUCACGAAUUUAUCCACACUCUAAACAAAGCGAUCCAAGUCUCUAAAUGGAUUGCUGCGGUACAAGUUGCCGCAUUUGGCGCUUCUUUCGUUCCAAAUCAGAUUUCCAUGGGCGCGACAGCGGCAGUGCAAAUUGUAUCAGUAGUUGCAGCAAAAGCACAAAUCAGAUGGAAAGUGAAUACCUUUCUCGACCAGGCGAAUCGAGAACUGUUCUGUCCUCGAGGACUCUAUUGUCUGAUUGUGACCUACAACCCUCUCCCACAGAAACAGCAAGAAGAUAUCAAUACCACGAUAGAGGUACCAUCUUCCAGUAGAGAGUCCACUGUGCCACGCAGGAAGUGGCCGCAAAAGUUCGCAAAAAACUUGCGCAAUCCAUUCUCAACCUCUACCGAAGGAGAGCAAAAUUUGCCAUCAGAAGUUGCACCCCUAAUAUUUUCGGAAGAAGAUGAGGGCGCCUGCAUGAAAAAGAAAGACAAGCCUUGGAACAAGGCUGCUGAAAGCAAUCAUGACACCCUAUCUACAGCCCCGGAAUCCAGAUUCGAAAAUCGAUUCCUCGAUCCUAACCACCCAGCCACUAAUGGAGGUCUUCUUGGCUUAGUAUCGGGCGGUCACCUUACACGGGACCCCAAAAAGACCAUGGAAGAUACUAAAAGUAUACUUCAACAGCAGGAAGCAUUUCUUCAAGAGCAACAGAGUUGCCAGCUAGAGCUGCUCCAUAGCCAGUUCCAAGCUAUGGGCUACUCAGACCUGCAGGCACGCGAGACCAUCGCACUCUAUGAGCAACAGUUCCAGCUCCAGCGAGAACAGUUGCAGACCCAGAUUCAAGGAGCAGGCAUGAUGCCCAGAAAGAUAUUGAAAGAUGUCCUUUAUCUCAUGGUUGUAAACCUGCCCACUGAGGAGGAGCUCGCGGCUGCUAAAAUGGCGAUGGCAUCGGCCGAGAAACAUGAUGGCAAUCGAAGAAAUGUAGUGACCUUGGUCAAUGUACAAUAA